CUAACUUAUCGACUGGACACGAAUAAUGCAAAGGUGUUGCUGGGAACGAGGCUCAAGGGAAGAGCACUAGAAUGGUUCCAUUCGCGUCCCGAACACAUCGGAUUGAGUGUAGACGAGAUAUUGAUGGAAAUGAAGAAGAUGUUCGACCAGCAACAAAGUAUAUUAAAGUGGCGUAAACAAUUCGAAGAGCGAGUUUGGAAGACGGGAGAAAGUUUUAGUGCGUACUUCCACGAGAAAAUUAUUUUGGCGAACAGAGUCCCGAUAGAGGAGGAAGAAUUAACAGAAUAUCUAGUGGAAGGAAUAACGAGUACGCAAUUGCGUAAUCAAGCACGGCUGCAACAAUUCUAAGGCCGAGCUAUUGAGUGCUUUUGAAAAUAUUGAUCUGUUGGAGACCAAGAACCGUUCAGAACAAGAUUGCAGGAUAUGGAGCAAAAGCUCCAAGGAGGGACGACUCCAGGUGAAGAAAGAAACAUCACUGAAAAAAGAGGCAUCACUGAAGAAAGAAAUAGCAGAGAGUUCCAGUAUGAUGCAGGCGAAAACCCGGUGCUACAAUUGCAGCAAAUUCGGUCACAUGUCCAGAGACUGUAAGCUACCGAAGCGUGAAAAAGACGCUUGUUUUAAGUGUGGAGAGAAGGGUCAUAUGAUUGGCAAUUGUACGGGUAAAGUAAAUGUAGAACAGGUUAAUUUUCUGCAUACCGCGGAAGCUACUAAUGACUUUCAGAGUGAAGCUACUUUAAAGUUUAAUAGUUCUCAAACGAAAUACGAAGUAGUAGUAGAUGCUUUAAUUGACACAGAGAGCCCGAUUAGCUUUGUAAAAGAAAAAAUGAUCCCUAGUUGUUUUAUUGACUAUACCGAUAAAGAAAGGAAAGUUUGUGGAAUAAAUAAAACUAGAUUAAAUAUUAUUGGCUCCACUACGGUGGAUAUCUCUUCUGAUAAAGUAAAGGAGGUUGAUGCACACGUUUAUGUUGUUCCUAAUGAUACUAUGUCAUUUUCGUUGAUAAUAGGGAGAGAUCUUUUGAAAAAAUUCAAAUUGUGUAUUGCAAGUAAGGUCAAGAGCGAUGUAAAGGAAGAAGUUAAUGAAAUUCUGAACAUAAAUGCGACGGAAAUGGUAGAUAAUAUAUCCGAUUCGUUAAUUAUUAAUUCCGAAACUACACAGGAUAAGCAGAUAGAAUUCAAGUGCAUAUUCGAGAAGGAGUAUAUAAAUCCAGAGCACCCAAAGGAACCAAAGGUAAAUGCAGAACUAAAAUUGGAAUUGAAGGAUGUACAACAUUUCCAUUUUUCCCCGAGACGACUUGCCUAUGCGGAAAAGGAACAAUUACAGAUAAUAUUAGAUGAGUUACUAGCGAAAAGAGUAAUCAGACCGAGCAAUUCGGAGUAUGCGUCACCAAUUGUAUUGUAAUUGAAGAUCAGAACAAUGUUUUACUGGGUAAAAAGUAUCUUAGCAUAUUGGAUCUCAGAGAUGGGUUCUUUCAUAUCCGAGUAGCUGAAGAGUCGAUUAAAUACACAGCUUACAAAGAAGGAGAUUAUGUUAUGUUACGAAAUUUUGACAGUGCAGGAGGCAGCUUUAAGAAACUAAUCCCACAGUUUAAAGGGCCAUAUGUAGUCAAAACGGUACUACGAAAUGAUCGCUAUCUGAUAUCUGAUGUAGAAGGUUUCCAAAACACGCAAAAGAAAUACCAAGGAAUGUGGGAGUCGAGAAACAUGCUUUUGUGGGUAAAGCCCGAUUCUGAAAAAUGUCAAUAGAUAGUAAAGUAUGGUUUAAUUUCUAGUUGCUCCUAGUUUAGUGUUAAAUCCGUCAUUGCGAAAAUUUUUAUGUUAAACAUCACUUUGAGUCGUGUAAUUCGCCGAGAGGAUCGAGGUCGAUCCUAGGUCAGAAUUGGCUGAAACUUAGAAUGCUUAUAUUGAUCGUGUCGCGGGUGCCUAUAUACGUUACUGGGCGCAAGAGAUCGUGGAUUACUAUGUGAGCAUCGGUUUUUGUUUUCGGCGGAGCGAGCGUCAGACUGUCUCGAGCGACCGCCGUGUGUAGCAGUAAAGACUCUUCUCGUCAAUUGUUGUCUUAUUGUGUAUUGUAUCGGUAUCCUGAGUCCCUACCUCUCCUACACUUUAUUGUUUUUAUCUCAUAAGCAUUACGUUAUAUAAUCCAAAAAUGGUAAAGAAUAAUUAUAAGAAUGCACUUAGUUAAUAAAAAAACUUAUUUAUAAUUAAAUUUUAUGAAUUUAGCUACUGGUACAGUAAUUUUAUGAUUGCCUAGUAACCGGCCACAUGUUCAGUUACCGAUGCAACUUGCGUUACACAUGUGCUCGCGUGUACCAACAAGCAAAUCGAGAAAUAACUGCUGUCAUAAAUAUUUUUAUAAGUAAAGUUACUUAAAAUUAUUGUCAACAAAAGUUUAAAGAAUAAGUAAAUAUUGACACAUCAAACAAUGUAAUUUGAAAGUGUAUAUUUUAACCAUACAACUUCUAUACCUAUAUAGCCUCUAAAAUAUAACUUCCGAACGGAAUCCAUGAGAACACUUUGUAGUGUCACCUGUAUUAAUGUCAACUGUAUUAAUGUGUCAACUGAAUUUAGCAAUAGGGACAUUGUCCGGGUAUUGGUACAUUCUUACUCUUGCAAAUUUUGAUUAUUUUUGAAAUAAUUUUGAUAAUUUUACUGUCUUUUAUAUCUUAAUAAUACUUCUAAAAGUCUCAGCUUUUAAUUAAUUAUAUUUUUACGUUAUUAAAUAUUAUAUACUUUUAUCAAAUUAAACAAUUGUAGUAUUACGCCGUUAAAUGUCCGGCUAUUGGGACAUUUACCUUAAACAUUUGCCAUUUGCAAAGUAAAAAAGUAU